GACCUAUCGAUGUCAAAAUACAUUGAACGUUUCGCAUUACCAUCGACUUUUGUUCCAGCUCUAUAGUUCACAUGCAACUUACUGCUGAGCGCGUUUUUUUUUGUUGUAAAAAUCUAAAAUACAAGAAUUAGAUUUAGUUAACUCGCUCCUAGUGUUUAACCAAGUACACCUUUAGUUAGCUUUACGGUUACUUUCCCGUGGCGAAGGAAUAAUUGCAAAAUAAUUACCAUUAGCUCUCGGCAAAAGUCGAGCGAAAAAGAGAAGUUUGCAAGAGGCGUGUGAGCGUGACGAAGAGAGCAAGAGAACGCAGAAUAUCGAAUCGAACGGAACAGGGCGAGGAAAGGGAACGUGAACGAAACGGAUCGAAAAAAUCGAAGAGACUUGGACAACCGAAGAAAAACCCACAUCUAGUACCCCUAAAACCCGGUUGCCUGGGGAGCAAAUGUCAAAUUGCUGCGCAUAAAUACAUUAAUUUGAAGCUCCCCGCACAAGUAAGGCUCAUCCAAAAUUUCACACACAGGCAGCAGUUGUCGCAACAGGAAAAAAGGAUUUAGCACACGAUGUACGCCGGAGCAUAUGCACCCAACGCCGGCGGUGUUCAACAGCAUACAGGCGGCGGUUACUAUGGCAAUGGUGCCGCCGCAGGCGCUGGCGGUGGCGGUAAUGGUGCCCCACGCCACGACCGUCCCUACUAUCCGCGCAGCAAUUUCGCCGGCGCUGCCGGUGGUGCUGCCAUCAACGGAGCAGCCACUGCCGCUGGAAGCAUGCACUUUGGCCAGCCUUAUGGCGUGAUGACCUAUGGCAUCCAGAAUGGUCUGGGAAUGGGAGCCGCCGGAUCUGGUGCCGGUAAUCCGUAUCGCCAGCAAAACGGUGUUGCCUUCGCCGGUAAUGGUCUUGGAGGAGGCGCCGGCGGUGGUGGCGGUGCCGGAUCCGGUGGAGCUGGCGGCUAUGGAGGACCCCGUGGCAAAAAUCCAAACUACGCACAGCGCUAUCAGAAGCCGCACAACGGCGGCGGAGGUGGCGGUGGCUACCAAAACAAUAACUACAAUGCUGCUGCCUUGGGCAUGCUUUCCAAAGAGGAGCGUGCCGAGAUCCAACGCGAAAAGGCCAAGAAUCCCGGCCGCAAUCUAGUGAAACCCAAGUGGGAGAAUCUUGAGCCGUUCCACAAGGAUUUCUACAACAUUCAUCCCAAUACACUAGCCAAAUCAGAGCAGCAGGUGGCCGAUAUACGCCGCGAACUGGAAAUCACAGUGUCUGGCAACGAACUACCGCACCCGGUGGUCAGUUUCGAGGAGAGCUCGCUGCCCGCUCACGUUAUUGAAGAGAUGAAGCGCCAGGGAUUCACCAAGCCCACUGCUAUCCAGUCGCAGGGCUGGCCCAUUGCCUUAAGUGGUCGCGAUUUGGUGGGCAUUGCCCAGACCGGUUCCGGCAAGACGCUGGCAUACAUGCUGCCGGCCAUCGUGCACAUUGGCAAUCAGCCGCCCAUAAUACGCGGUGAAGGACCCAUUGCUCUGGUGCUGGCCCCCACCCGAGAGCUGGCCCAGCAGAUCCAAUCGGUCGUGCGAGACUAUGGACAUCUGUGCAAGCCCGAGAUUCGUCACACUUGCAUCUUUGGCGGCUCAUCGAAAGUGCCGCAGGCACGCGAUCUUGACCGCGGCGUCGAGGUCAUAAUCGCCACACCAGGACGACUAAUUGAUUUCCUUGAGAAUCGCAACACUAACUUGCAGAGAUGCACUUAUCUGGUGCUGGACGAAGCCGAUCGCAUGCUGGACAUGGGCUUCGAGCCGCAGAUUCGUAAGAUCAUUGAGCAGAUUCGUCCCGACCGCCAGGUCGUCAUGUGGUCCGCCACCUGGCCCAAGGAGGUACAGGCUCUAGCCGGCGACUUUUUGAACGAUUAUAUCCAAAUUAACAUUGGCUCCAUGAACCUAUCGGCCAACCACAACAUUCGCCAGAUUGUCGAGAUCUGCACCGAAAUGGAGAAGCCGCAGCGCUUGGUGCGCUUGCUCAAUGAGAUCGCUCCCACCAAGAAUUCGGCCAACAAUGGCAACAAGAUCAUCAUCUUUGUGGAGACCAAGAUCAAGGUGGAGGACAUCUUGCAGAUCAUCCGUACCGAAGGGUACACCGCCACUUCAAUUCACGGCGACAAGACUCAAAAUGAGCGGGAUUCAGUGCUUAAGGAUUUCCGUAAUGGCAAAUCUAACAUUCUGAUUGCCACCGAUGUGGCCUCGCGCGGUCUGGAUGUGGAGGAUCUGCAGUACGUAAUUAACUAUGAUUACCCCAACUCCUCGGAGAACUAUGUGCACCGCAUCGGGCGCACUGGUCGUUGCCAGCAGCUGGGAACUGCCUACACCUUUUUCACGCCCGACAAUGCCAAGCAGGCGCGUGAACUGAUCUCUGUGCUUGAGGAGGCUGGCCAGACGCCGUCGCAGGCUCUUUUGGACUUGGCUCGUUCCAUGCCAAGCUCGGGCGGCUAUCGCGGCAACAAGCGCUGGAACAACAACGGUGGCGGGGAUCGCAACACUGGCGGCCACAACGGCGUCUAUCAGCAGCGCAAUAACAAUCCGCUGAAUUACCAGGCCGGUAACAACUAUAACAACAAUCGCAGCGGCCCCCCAACUGGCGGUAGCUACCAGCAGUAUGCCGCUGGCGGCAAUAACUAUCAGCAGAAUGGUGGCGGCGGUAAUUGGAAUCGCAUGAAUCAAAUGGGACAGGAUGGAGGAGCUGGACAGCAGCAGCGAAAUGGCAACACCUAUCGCCCGAGGGCUCCGUUCAACAAUGGCGGGCCGCGUGCCAUUAUGGGCCAUCAGGGUGGCGGCGGCGGAGCAGGCGGUGUGGGCGGAGCAGCCGGCGUAGGCGGUGGCCCACAGCCGCACAUGGCACCCCAACAGGGCGGUCAGUAUAUGCCACAGGCAUAUCGCGGACGUGGCCAGUUUGCGCCGCAGGGAGCCGGUGCCGGUGGCAUGCCACCACGAUUCCAGCAGUAUCCCAAGCGCGAGUACCAGCAGCAAGGAGUGGCCCACUACGGUCAGCAGGCGGCCGUACAGCAUCAGCAGCAACAACAGCAGCAGGCAGGCCAACAGACCAAACCGCCCAAGGAUGAGGGCAACAAGUAUGCAGCACCGGCUGCGGUGACCACCUCGCUGGUCCAUUAUACACCAGCCAAUUCGCCACCUAUUGCGGCCGUAGCUGCUGCCGCUGCAGCAGCCGCCGGACGAGCCGCAACUGUGGCUCCGGCACCAGGGGCCGCCUACAUGUACGAUGCUGCCGGAGUUCUGACCACCGCCGCUGCGCCGGGCACCAAUCCGUAUGCCAACCAGUUCAGCAUGCCGGCCACCUACUAUGCUGCCCAACAUCACCAGUUCGCCACAGCCGUGGCAGGACCCGGACCAGGUCCCGGCCAGGCCAUUGAGCAGGCGGGACACCAAUAAGUUGUCGCGCUCAUGGGACGAAAUGGGAGUGGAUCGUGGAUCGUGGAGAGCUACAACAGCAACAACAACAGCUUUAGUAACAUCAAUAACAAUGCAAGCAACAAGAAAUUUAACCUACUUUAACAACACCAACGACAUGGACAAAGAAAUCAUCAAUUAACCACACUCAUGAAAUCCAAAUGCAUUAUGAUGAUAAAUGAAAGAAUGAAAGGAUAUAAUUUUGCCAACAUACAUAUAAGAGCAUAUUAACAGGUGCUCUUGAAAUUCUGAGCGAAACUCGUUGCUUUUUUUUUUCUAUAUUUCUUCCCACCUUGCUACUAAUAUUGUGUUCUCUGUCGCUCAUUUAAGCAUUCACAGCUUGGGUUUGCGAUACAAUUUGACAUCUAAACCCCCUUUAACCCUCCCACAAUCUUUCAUUCGUACUGUUCUCUGGACAAGCAGCACCAACCAUCAUUAAUCAGGGCCAACGCAAGGAUAAUCGCCCACGAAACCCUCUUAUGUUUUUCAAACGCAAGGUAAAACGAAACAAAAAUCAAGAACACCUCGAAAGGGAACGAUUAUUGUAGUUUUUAGGCUUUUCCACACACACACAGACACACACACCGACAGUUGCAUGUUCUUCGAAUGUUUAAACGGAAUUAAGUAGGUUAUAAUUAUUAUUCUUUUUCGCCAGGCAAAAUCAAGUAUACUCAGCGUUUUAUAGCCAUUCAGUUGGUGGAUCAACGUUCAUACAUUUAUGUUAUCCUAAAAUAAAUAAGGAUCUAGAUACAGACACUGUUAAUUAAGUGAUAUUUGUAAAUUCGUGUAUAUCAAUCUUUACACAAUGCUAAGAACACAAGCACGCAACCAAAAAAAAAUAUUGAAUUCGAAAAUUGUCAAAAACAAAGUAAGGGAUUGAAAAAAUAGCCCUUUUUACUAACUUGGUUGGUAUGAAAUGAACGGUUUGCUUAUAAUAACACAUAUUUAAAUACAUGUUUAAUUAUUUUCUAGACAUUUAUAUUAUCCGUGCGAAAUUGCAACAAACAAUUACAACAAAGGGAAAACUGACUAAAUUCUAUACAAAUUCCAUUUAAGAAAUCGCAGCUAACGGUUGAGAUAUAUAAUGAACACCUAUGUUUUGGCCAAAUCCAAAAUAGGAGAAAAGGGAAAUGGGCAGCGCUGCUUUGGUAGGAAGUAUGUUAAAGAAAAACUAACAAGUUACAAUCGAUAAUAAUACAACAAUUAUAAAGCAAUGGGAGAACACGUACACAGCCACAUAGAACCCACACAAGCAUACGCACACACACCCACACCGACACAGAAGCACUCAACACACACACAACUCAUACACACACAUCACGAACACCACUAGGACAAGCAAAUUUACAGUUAUCAUUUAAUUUCCCAUUUUGAUACAUAUAUGUGUGUAUUCUAUAUAUGCCAAUUAUAUAUUUACAUGCAUAUGUAGAUUCGAGCUUGAUUUUCAAUGGAGAUUAAAACAAAAACUCAUUUUGUUGAAGAUUUAUAGAAUUCGAUAAUAAUCCCCUAACACAACAUUCGCAUAAAUUAACGAGGUUUUUUCAAAAGUUCUAUGCAAAUACUUGAAAAAAAAAAGCAAAAUUCAAUUACAAUUUUCAAUUAUUCCAAAGAACAAAGAACAGAAGCAGUUGAAAAUAAGAAGAAAGAAAGCGAAGAAAAAAGAAAAGACGCCAAAUUCAUCCAUAAAAACAAGUAAAGCGAAUACGAAACAAGAAGAAAAGAAGGAGGAACACAAGACAAGGUUAGAAGAUCGAAUAAUGCCAAGCAAUGCCACACGAAAAUAAUGAUAAUAAUAAUACAGCAAACAUAAUGCAUACUUCUGACUAUUCCAAAAAACUAUUUUUUCGUUUCCCCAUAUCUUUAUUUUUUGAUUUGAAAAUCGUUUUUACUUGUAUUAUUAAUUUCCCUUUAAUUUUCCUCCUCUUCCGAAUACUUUUGGCCAGAGUUCAGGACGAGUAAAUAAGUAGUAGUAACAUUAAUUGGCAGCUCCAGUCAUAUAGUUAGCAGUAAUAUAUCCAAAUAUCGUCUGUUCAAGCAGUUGUCCAUGUUGUUGCAAGCAGUGCGUUAUCCUCGCCACGGGAAAGCAGUACAAAAAGCCGAAGAAUUUUGGAGAACGUAACGGACACAAGGGAAUAUUCUACAUUGGAAUUGUGUGAGAACAAGAACACAAGGGAAAUAGUUGAAAAAUCAUGUAGAUUAUAUUAUAAAUAUAUUUGUUAGCCUAACCGAUCGGGGGGAUGUGAAAGGAACAUUUCUAUUCAUUUUUUAUUAGUUCUCUACUUAUACGGUUUCUUUUUAGCAAAUAUAAAACGGGGAAAACAUGAGGGAAUAUUUAUAUAGGGUAUAUCGUCAACACAAGGAUCUCUUUUUAAAGCAAACGGACGGAAGACUCGAAUUCUUCUAUAUAGACCUAUAAUUCAUAGAGAAUUUCACAUUUAUUUCAUUUCAUUUUUGGUUUCUUUGGGGUUGGUAGAUUUCCAUACAUUUUGAAAAUCAUUGGAGACGGGAUUUGAAACCUACAACUAAAUGGUUUUUUUUUAUAUAUACUCUAGGCGUAUACGCAAAUUUACCAAGUGAAUUAACGUUUUUAUUUUCAUAAUUUCAUACUUCUUUAUUAUAAUUUCGAUGCAACCGAAUUGUGAUGAUGUGAUAGACUUAUAUAAACAAACGAAAAUACAAAAAUACUAAUUAAUAACCAAUUUAAAUGAAGUAAUCGCAGUGCCCCCAAAACGGCCAGGCCAAAAACACUGAAACUGAAACAGAGGCAGCUGAAACUGAAGCUGAAUCUGAAUCGAAAUCAGUAUCUGAAUCAGAAGAGGAAUAUGAAUAUAUGUUAUGUAUUUGUAUUAUUGUCGUUGUCGUUGUCGCUCAUAGACAAUGUCUGAUGGCUACAAUAUAAUGUAUUAUGGAUGACUUGAGGCAUACAUUCUUUUUUUGAAGAAAUAAAACUAUAGAGCGCGAUAUUUGUAUUGUAUUUAUCUAUAAGUUGUUGUGUACACACUGCGAAAAACCAACAAACUAAAAAAAAAUGCAAAAAAAAAACAAUGAAACACACAAAAUCAAAACAAAACAAAAAACGAGAAAAAAAAGAGCAAAAGAAGUUGAAACUGAUAAAAUUUAAGAGUAACUGAAACCGAAAGCCCCUUAAACAGAAGAAGGGGAAAGCGGAGAAUUCGUUGUUCCCUUCGCACUUUUGAGGCAAGUCCUUCGUUUAAGUCCAAAUCGAUCGCUCUAUCUCUGUCUCCAUCCCUAUCUCUCUCAGCCCCCCGCCCCGCCCCCCUUAUACGAUAUAUUUCUCGCUCGCAGUCUCUUCUUAAAACGAUAGAUUUAAAACGAUAGAAAUUCGCAUAUACAUAUAUUUUUGAAAGUAUAGAAUUGCAACUUUUGAAAAAAUGCAACCAAAAAUAAAGACGAAAGACUAAAGCCAAAAACAAAAUGAAUUCAAUUGUUUGAAGCAAGAACAAGCGAAUAACGGAGAAAGUGCAACGAAGUGCCGUUAUUUCGAUAGUUUGUAUAGUUGUUUUUUUUUUCUUUUAAUACUUAUUUUCUGUUUCGUUUACUUAGAGAACUAAAAAUCGUUUACACACAUACACACACACACAAAUACGCGUUUUUGAUUUAGUUUUCGUUUUUGCGUUUGUUUUUACUUUUUUAUUUGUUUUGUUUUAAGCUUUUUCGUUGGUAAACCAAAAAAGGUAUAUAUGUGUAUGUAUGUGCAUACAUAUAUCAAUGUCGAUAAAGUCGAUAAAGUGAAUGCAUUUACCGUUACUGUGCGAUGCGCACAAGUGCCAAAAAUGCAGCAAAACACCCGCACACACCCACGCACUCGGACACAUACACACACACACACACUAACACGACAUCAAUUAAACAAAGACACAUACAAGCCAACACCCACCCACACAGACAAGUUUCUUAUAGAUGAUACAAA